ACCCUAUACUUUUUGAGGGGACUGUUCGAUCCAAUUUAGACAUUCGUGAAGAAUAUAGUGAUCAGGAUCUAUGGGAAUCAUUGAGACGAGUUCAUCUUGUCCAUUUUGAGGAAGGUUUAACAAAUAAUCAAGUUUUCAUUAUUGGUCCGAUAACAAGUUUAAACGAUCCGGUUAAUGAAGGUGGUAGUAAUUUCUCUCAGGGGGAAAGACAAUUGAUUUGUUUGGCAAGAGCAUUACUAAGACGAUCUAAGAUAGUUAUUAUGGACGAAG